CGAGCGAGCGAGCGAGCGAGCGCUGUAGGUUACUCUGCUGUUUCUGCUUCUGUCUCUGCAGUGCAGCCAGUCUAUGAUUGCAGCCCAGCGCUGGCUGCUGGAAGUCAAACCCGAAUGGCGACGUCCAGCCCCAGCAGUAACCCUGCAGCAGCCUCCAGCCUGAGCAGCAGUGUGCAGCACCACCCGAACCAGAGCCAGCACAGCAGCACCAUGAGCAGCAUGCAAGGGUUUCAGAUAAACCUGUCUGGACCUCCUCAAAGUAAACGUAAAGCCCUGAAGUUAAAUUUUGCCAAUCCUCCAAUCAAACCCACUUCCAGAAUCACUCUGAACACGGCCGGACUUCCUUUCCAGAACCCACACAUAGAGCGGCUUCGGACACACAGUAUCGAGUCGUCUGGGAAGCUGAAGAUCUCUCCGGAGCAGCACUGGGACUUCACAGCCGAAGACCUGAAGGAUCUCGGCGAGAUCGGCCGAGGAGCGUACGGCUCCGUCAACAAGAUGGUGCACAAACCCAGCGGACAGAUCAUGGCCGUCAAACGGAUCCGCUCGACGGUGGACGAGCGCGAACAGAAGCAGCUGCUCAUGGAUCUGGAUGUGGUCAUGAGGAGCAGCGACUGUCCUUACAUCGUCCAGUUCUACGGGGCCCUUUUCAGAGAGGGGGAUUGCUGGAUAUGCAUGGAGCUCAUGUCUACCUCCUUCGACAAAUUCUACAAAUACGUUUAUUCCUCUUUAGACGAAGUGAUUCCCGAGGAGAUUUUAGGGAAGAUAACACUAGCUACUGUGAAAGCACUUAACCACUUAAAAGAAAACUUGAAAAUUAUUCACAGAGACAUAAAGCCAUCGAAUAUCCUUCUGGACAGGAAAGGCAACAUUAAGCUGUGUGAUUUUGGCAUCAGCGGACAGCUGGUCGACUCCAUCGCCAAAACCAGGGACGCAGGCUGCAGACCGUACAUGGCACCGGAGAGGAUAGACCCCAGCGCCUCCAGACAGGGGUAUGAUGUGCGCUCAGACGUCUGGAGUUUGGGAAUCACACUGUAUGAGCUGGCCACGGGACGCUUCCCCUACCCAAAGUGGAACAGCGUGUUCGAUCAGCUGACGCAGGUGGUGAAGGGCGACCCGCCGCAGCUCAGCAGCUCAGAGGAGAGACAGUUCUCCCCCAAAUUCAUCAACUUCGUCAACCUGUGCCUUACAAAGGACGAGUCAAAAAGGCCAAAGUACAAAGAGCUUCUGAAACAUCCCUUCAUUCAGAUCUACGAGGAGCGUACGGUAGACGUGGCCAGCUACGUCUGCAGGAUCCUGGAUCAGAUGCCCACGUCCCCCAGCUCCCCCAUGUACGUGGACUGAGACCAGACGCAUUGCUUUCUCACAGAACGGCAGUAUUAAACCAGGAAAACACACGAGAACACAGCGGUGUUCAAUACAAGCUCCACUGUAAAAUACCUCCUACCCACGUCUCUCUGUCUCGCUCUUACUGUCACACACACACACACACACACACACACGUAUCUGAUGGGACGCGUGGAGGUCUGGCCUCUCGCAGAUGCGGAAUAGUGAUUUUAAACAGAUAUAAAGUAAUGAAAUAAAUAAUAAAUAAGCCUGGAAUUGUAUUUAUACUUCUGAAAUCACUUGUGGAAUAUAUGAUUCGGAAAGCCUUCAACGUACUGGAAAUCUGCUCGUGUCCUGUCCCUCCUCUUCAUGUAUGUGAUAUUAAACGUGUUUUGUAUGUUAAGGUGAAUGAUGAUGAUGCAGAGGUGUCCGGGGUUUCUGUAAUCCUCACUGUACAACGACUAUGUUAUUAAAAUAAAACUGAGGAAUAUGGAAA